GUCAGAGACGAGUGGAGAGGAGGAAGAGAGCGAGUGACUAGCAGCGAACGAUGCGACGGAAUUUGGUGUCGCGGCGCCGCUCGCCUCUUAUCCCUCUCUCCGAACUGAAAUAAAAAAAUAUAUCGAAAAAAUAAAAAAAGAGGAAAAAAAGAAAAUAUCAUGGCGCUGCUGAGCCCGCGUGUGCCGCGGCUGCCGCUCGCCGGCGCCGCCGCGGGAGCGGGGCUCCGGUGCGGCGGCGGCGGUGGCAGGGCCGGGUCGGCGGCGUGGUGGUGCCACGCGACGGCGGCGGGCGGCGUCGCGGCGGCGGGCCCGCCGCCGCCGUCGUCGUCGUCGUCGGAGGUGGACGCCAUCCGGUGGGGGAGCGCCAAGCUGCAGGGCGCACGGGAGGAGAUGGAGGACGAGGUCGUUCUCCGCCCCGGCCCACUUCUCGACGGCUUCUCCUUCGCCGCCGUCCUCGACGGCCACGCCGGCUUCUCCGCCGUCCAGUUCCUCAGGGACGAGCUGUACAAGGAAUGCGCGGCGGCGCUGGACGGCGGCGCCGUGCUGAGCACCAAGAACCUCGAGGCCAUCACCGCCUCGAUCCAGCGCGCCUUCGCCACUGUCGACGCCAACCUCUCCAACUGGCUUGAGCAGAUGGACAAGGAAGACGAGUCCGGCGCGACGGCCACCGCCAUGUUCCUCAGGAACGAUGUACUUGUUGUCUCUCACAUUGGCGACUCCUGCUUGCAGGUCAUAUCACGUGGUGGAAGGCCUCAAGUGGUGACCAACUUCCAUCGACCGUACGGGAACAAGAAAACGUCUCUUGAAGAGGUCAAGCGGAUCAGAGCAGCAGGUGGAUGGAUUGUUGAUGGACGCAUAUGUGGAGAAAUUUCUGUAUCUCGUGCUUUUGGAGACAUUAGAUUUAAGACACGGAAGAAUGAGAUGUUGGUCAAAGGAGUUAAAGAAGGAAGAUGGACUGAAAAGUUUAUCUCACGAAUAAAAUUUAAAGGGGAUUUAAUAGUCUCUUCACCUGAAGUAUCUCUGGUGGAACUUGGACCAGAUGUGGAAUUUAUUUUGCUGGCAACCGAUGGUCUUUGGGAUUACAUUAAAACCUCCGAAGCAGUAACAUUAGUUAGAGAUCAACUACGUCAACAUGGAGAUGUCCAGUUGGCUUGUGAGGCACUUGGUCAGAUAGCUCUGGAUCGUCGGUCACAAGACAACGUUAGUAUAGUCAUAGCUGACUUGGGGAGGACAAAUUGGAAGGAGUUGCCUGUUCAAGGGCCAAAUUUAUUCUUGGAGUUAACUCAAGCAGUUGCAACUGUUGGGGCUGUCUCAUUAGGGAUUUAUAUUUCAUCGCUGCUUGCGUUACAGUAGGCCUAGCUAGUUCUUUCAAGUGUGUAUAGUACUUACAGUUUUUAUGACUUGCAACUCCUAGCUGCAAACAAUGUACAUUCCUAUAGGGUAAAUGCAUAGAAUAUCCGUUGGAUAUGUACUUGAGCUCCUGCUGGCCAAGAUACGAGUGAAACGGUAACUGGGCUCCUUUUCUCUUCUGGAAGUUCCUUUUUCAU